AUGACCUUUGAUGUGCUCCUGGAUCAAGCUGGAGGCUGGGGAAGAUUUCAGACCCUUCAGUUAGUUUUGUUAUUUAUCUCUUGUACCCUCUCAAACACUCAUGUUUUAUUAGAGAACUUCACUGCAGCCAUCCCUGGGCAUCGCUGCUGGUCUGUCCGUAUCAUCGACAGUGACACCACCUCUGACAGUGACACAGGGAUGCUCAGCCAUGGAGCCCGUCUGAGAAUCGCCAUUCCACUGGACUCAAACUUGAAGCCAUCAAAAUGUUAUCGCUUCAUUCAUCCCCAGUGGCAACUCCUUCACCUAAAUGAGACCUUUACAAACAUUAGCAAGGCAGAGAUGGAACCCUGUGUGGAUGGCUGGGUAUAUGACCAAAGCUUAUUCCUCUCCACUAUUGUGACUAAGUGGGACAUGGUCUGUGAAUUCCAGUCUUUAAGAUAUGUGCUUCGAAUUGUAUUUAUGGUUGGGUCAGUACUGGGAAGUCUGGUGUAUCUUACAGACAGGUUUGGGUGGAAGGUGAUCUACACACGGUGUUCACUCCAGCUGGCCAUUGCUGACACCCAUGCAGCUUUUGCUCCCACCUUCUUCCUUUACUGCUCACUACGUUUCUUGGCUGGGUUGUCAAGCGUGCUGACUUUGUCAAACUCUUUUUAUCUCAUGUUAGAAUGGACAGUGUCCCAAUCACAAUGUAUGGCAGUAACAGCGAUGCUUUUUUCCUACAACACAGGACAAGUAUUCCUGGGAGGACUGGCUUUUUCCAUUUGAAACUGGCGCCCACUGCAGCUGGUCCUCUCUACACCCUUCUUUGUCCUCUUCAUGCUCUCCAGGUAAAGGCAGGCUCCAGGUUCUUUGCCAAUAAGGCAGGCUAAGGUAAAAGCAGAGAGCAGAAUCCUGAUGCCUGGGAGCUGGAUAAUCCCUGGUGCAAAAGUCUUGUUGCCAAACAGCCCAGGCUACGGAUUCAAGGCCAGCCCAAUGGCUCCUGACAACAUCUCAUACCUCCAACCCAUCAAUCUUCCAGAGAAGAUUGCCACCAAUCAACUGGAUAAGGGCUUACAGGAACUUAAAAGAGUUACAUGCAUAAAUGGAAAACAGAAUGCUGAUGAGAUCCUGACUAUUGAGUUUGUGAAGUCCACCAUACAAAAGGAUUUGGAUACAACCCAGACUAAAGCAUCAGUUUCUCAACUCCUCCAUACACCUGAGCUGCUUAAGAGAACCUUCCUCCUGGGCAUUAUAAGAAUGGCAAUCACUGCUCCGCUAUUUGCCCUAGUACUCAACCUGCAAUACUUGGGCAGCAAUAUCUCCCUGUUCCAGGUUCUCUGUGGAGUUGCCAUGCUCCUAACCAGAAACGGUAGCCAUUGGGUGAUGAAAUGUUUGGGGCGCAGAGAAAGCCAGAUGUUGUUCUUCUUCCUGAUAGGACUUCCCAUUCUGGUCAAUACCUUUUUGCCCCCAGAAAUGCAAACCCUGCGUGUGACUUUGGCCACAUUUGGAGUUGGUGCUAUUUCUUCUGGUUUAACAGUCAUGGGUGUAUAUUUCAAUGAGCUCAUCCCCACAACAUUCAGGUCAAUAAUUGGAGGAAUCAAUACAAUGUUCAGUAGACCAGGGGCACUGCUGCCUCCUCUUUUGAUGCUCUUAGUUGAGCUUUCUCCCUACCUGCCCUGGGUCAUUUUUGGAGUCAUCCCCAUCCUUGCCAGCUUUCUUGUCUUCCAUCUUCCAGAAACCAGGAAUAAGGCUCGCCCUGACACCAUCGAGGAUAUAGAAAAUGAAUAA